UUGCAUCUUUGAGCUGUUUGAUGAUGACCCUUUUAAGGGAGGUGUCGAUAUCUGCAUGAUUUCUGCAUUUACCAUCUGAAAUGGACUCUGGGUUUGUUCCUCUUCGGUAAAUUCUUUCCAUUCUAUUUGAUGUUUUCUGUUCUUGCGAUGUUAUUAUGUUCAAUUUCGGUGCCUUUGUUCCCUAUCAUGUUUUUUUGGGUCUCAUCUAAGGUUUGAUCUUUGAUACUCGCUCUUCAAUUGUAUUAAAUUUUGUUCUGACUAGGAAUGAUGAUUUGGGGAUUCCGUAAUCAAUAAUCUUAAUUGGAGCUGCGUCAUUUUCCUGUCAUCGCAUCGGUGGCUUGAUUCGGGUUAUUUGGUUUGGGUUCAUUUCGGAGCAUUUGACAAGCAUUUUGAUGCAUUUUAAUGUGGACAAUUCUGAAGCUUUUCUUUGUUAUGUGAGAUUUGGGCUAGUCUGUUAGAAACACUAUGAGAGCUCUUCCAUGGUGAUUACAAGAUUUUCUUGAUACUUUAUUGGAGUUGGGAUCUUACAUCUUGAUUUAUUUGGCGGUUGAUGGCGCUGUCAACAACUACACAAGUCAACAGCAUCACAUCUCUAAGCAGCGAUCUCUUCUAUGAUAUACUAAGGCGACUUGAUGGGCCCACAUUAGCGAGUGCAGCAUGUGCUUGCGCAGCCUUCUGUUCCAUCUCAAGGGAAGAGCGGCUAUGGGAAAAUGUUUGUUCUUCUCUGUGGCCAUCCACCAAUCGAGAAGAAGUCAAGAACUUGAUCUCCUCAAUCGGAGGGUUUAGAAAGUUCUAUGCAGACUGUUUCCCUCUCAUUGUAAACAAAGAGGUUCCUGACUAUCAGUGGAAUGAGUAUCUCGAGUACAACGAGGAGUGGAAUGAAGCAGAUUACUAUGGUGAUGUUGAUGAGCUCGAGAGCAUAUCACCAUCUGACUUUAUCUCCCUAGUGGAUGUUCGAUUUAAAGAUCAGAUUAUCUUCUCGAAGGUCUUGUGGGGCAUUCCAAAUGCCAAUGGGUUCAAUGGGUGGUUCUAUAAUUGCCCAUUUCGUGUCGAUCUCCUCUCUUUUUCAUCCCGAGAUGAUGAUGAUGAUGAUGAUGAUGAUGGUGAUGGUAACGAGAAUGAAAUUACCCUCACGGUCUCAGAUGGGCUACCCCCAAUUACUUCCAUGGAGAGGGAGAGGAAGGAUGGGAAGCUGUGGAGAGAGCUCAAGGAUGGCCUUCGGCUUAGUUGGAUUGUGGUCAAUCAGAAAGUCAAACAAGCGGCAAACCUGGCAAGCUGGAGUUCGCUCGGGGGUCAGCGGCACUGGCCCACCGACAGGGACUUUGUCGUACGUUUUGGUUCAGUUCUCCCUGCAAAGGACAUCCUCCCCUGCCAAGUGGUUGAGUGCAUCCUUAGCAUGAAGUUUCGGGUGGUGAGCACUGAGGGAGAUGAUUCGCAGACAAGCCUGAAGCUGACUGAGCUGAGCAUGCAGUUGGAGGACAUGGAGGGGGCACACGUGAAUGGGAGGAACAGCCUGCUCAUCCUCAAGGAGGCGCUGAGCUGCCACCGGAGCAAGGACUACAGCGAGGCCCUCGAGUCAUGCCACCUUUACUCCAAGGUUCAGAGCGAGCUCAAGGAGGAGAAGAUGAGGAUUGAGAAUCGGUUAGAUCGGCUCUGCAUCUUCAGCGGGAUAGCUGCUUUCGCAACUCUCUGGUACUAUUGCAUAAUGUAAAGCGAAUUUUCUGCCUAUCCUUUUUGUACAUUUUAAAUGCUCGCCAUUUUUGGUACGUCCCUAAUGUUCUAACAAAGUCGAAUUUUGCACUCAUUAGUCCUCCAACGAGUUCUCUGACCAUGUUUCGUUACUUAAAACUGAUGAUAAGAGCGUGACGAACUUAUCAUUUAUGUUCAUAUGUGUAUAGAAGUUGGCGUUUCGUUUUUAUAUAUAUGGUUUUGUUUCUGUCGAGCA